CCCGGCUCCUCCCGCCCUCGCGCCCCGCCUCGUGCCUUCGCCGCCCCGCCUCCCUCGCCUGCCCGGCUGCGGGGUGACACUGGGCUUCGCCCUGGGAAAGGGGCGAGGGCAGCAAGAGAGACGGCGGCCGGGUGGCGGCGACUGGCACCCUGUAUUUAUUUAAUUGCCUAGCUACCACUGAUGAGGAUAUAUUGAAGUAACCACUGAAACUGCCUUUUGUUGACCAGAGAGUCCAAUUGUUUCACUUAUUUUUGUUUGCUCUACUGCUGUGAGCUUUACUGUAACGACUGAGAAACUUGGAAAAUAAAAUGAACUUGCUGUGGUCUUGAACAUAAUUUUUUGAGGAAAAUAAAAGUGCCAGAGUGAAAGCCAGAAUGGCAUCCAGAGAGAGACUCUUUGAACUUUGGAUGCUUUAUUGUACAAAGAAAGAUCCAGAUUACCUGAAGAUGUGGUUGGAUAACUUUGUUUCUAGCUAUGAACAAUUCUUAGAUGUUGACUUUGAAAAACUGCCUACCAGGGUAGAUGAUGUGCCUCCAGGAAUAUCUCUGCUUCCUGACAAUAUUCUGCAGGUUCUGAGGAUCCAGCUGCUACAAUGUGUUCAGAAAAUGGCAGAUGGGUUAGAGGAGCAACAACAAGCCUUAUCACUUUUACUUGUCAAAUUCUUUAUUAUUCUUUGCAGAAAUCUAUCAAAUGUGGAAGAAAUUGGAACAUGCUCUUAUAUUAAUCAUGUUAUCACCAUGACAACACUCUAUAUUCAGCAAUUAAAAAGCAAAAAAAAAGAGAAGGAAAUGGCCGAUCAGACAUCAAUUGAAGAAUUUGUGAUCCAUGCAUUGGCAUUUUGUGAAAGUUUAUAUGAUCCAUAUAGAAAUUGGAGACAAAGAAUUUCAGGACGAAUCCUUAGUUCUGUGGAAAAGAGCAGACAGAAAUAUAAACCAGCUUCUCUCACAGUGGAGUUUAUUCCUUUCUUUUAUCAAUGUUUUCAGGAAAGUGAACAUCUCAAGGAAAGUCUUAAGUGUUGCUUAUUGCAUCUCUUUGGAGCCAUUGUAGCCGGUGGGCAGAGAAAUGCUUUGCAAGCAAUUUCUCCAGCCACCAUGGAAGUUCUUAUGAGAGUUUUGGCAGAUUGUGAUUCCUGGGAGGAUGGAGAUCCUGAAGAAGUGGGUAGAAAGGUAGAACUAACUCUGAAGUGCCUUACAGAAGUGGUACAUAUUCUUCUCACUAGCAGUUCUGACCAGCGCCAAGUGGAAACCAGUACUAUUCUGGAGAACUAUUUUAAAUUGUUAAAUUCAGAUCAUUCAGCUUUACCCAAUCAAAGAAGAUCCAGACAGUGGGAAAGCCGGUUCAUAGCUCUGCAGAUCAAAAUGCUGAAUACCAUCACAGCCAUGUUGGAUUGCACAGACAGGCCUGUUCUUCAGGCCAUUUUUCUUAAUAGUAAUUGCUUUGAACAUCUCAUACGACUACUACAGAACUGCAAGCUGUUUUUAAAUGCUAAUAAUAAGGUGGCAGACAAGAACGAGAAAGAACUUGCCAACAAAUUACUGACAGAAAUGAAUGAGGACCAGCAGGUGUUCCAGGGACAGUUGGAUUGUUUGGCGGUGUCAACCAUCCAAGCUUUGACAGCAAUAAUGAACAAAUCUCCAGCUGCUAAGGAAAUAUUUAAAGAAAGAAUUGGUUAUACACACAUGUUUGAAGUAUUAAAAUCUCUGGGUCAGCCUCCAUUGGAACUACUUAAAGAACUUAUGAACAUGGCUGUAGAGGGUGACCAUACUUCAGUUGGGAUUUUGGGCAUUAGUAAUGUCCAUCCUCUCUUGCUUCUUAUCCAGUGGCUUCCAGAGCUUGAAUCCCAUGACCUGCAAAUCUUCAUCUCUGAUUGGCUGAAGAAAAUUUGUUGUAUUAAUAGGCAGAGUCGAACUACAUGUGUCAAUGCAAACAUGGGAAUUAGGAUAAUUGAAACCCUUGAUUCCCAUUCUUCCCUUCAUCGAAUUUGUGCUGAGAACUUGAUUGCAAUCUAUGGUUCCUUGGGGAGUCAGUCAGUGAGCUCAGAAGAAAUCCGUAGCUUGCUGAGAUUGCUCAGGGUGGAUCAAUCUGAGUUUAUUCAUCCUUAUACCACUGCUGUGACUCGAGCGAUACUGACAAUGGCCCGAAAACUUAGUCUAGAAAGUGCACUGCAGUAUUUUAAUUUGUCACAUAGUAUGGCAGGAAUUUCUGUGCCCCCCAUACAGAAAUGGCCAGGGUCUGCCUUUUCUUUCAGUGCUUGGUUUUGUUUAGAUCAGGAUCAGUUGACUCUUGGUGUUGCUAACAAAAGAGGAAAAAGAAAACAAUUAUACAGCUUUUUUACAGGAAGUGGCAUGGGUUUUGAAGCUUUUAUUACCCAUUCAGGUAUGUUGGUUGUGGCAGUGUGCACCAGAAGAGAAUAUGCAACAGUUAUGCUUCCUGACCACAGUUUCUGUGAUUCCCUCUGGCACAACAUAACUAUUGUUCACAUGCCUGGAAAAAGACCCUUUGGUCAGAGUCUUGUUUAUAUCUAUGACAAUGGACAACAGAAGGUUUCUGCCCCUCUCAGAUUUCCUGCCAUGAAUGAGUCUUUUACUUCCUGUUGUAUUGGUUCAGCUGGGCAAAGAACCACCACUCCUCCACCGUCUCAAAUUCCAGAUCCACCAUUUUCUUCUCCCAUUACCCCUCAUCGGGCAUCAUUUGGUGGAAUUCUAUCAUCAGCCUCCUGGGGAGGAGCAACUGAAAAAUCAAAAUUAGUUACCAAAUUGAUAUCAGCUGGAACCCAAGACAGUGAAUGGGGAUGUCCCACAUCCCUGGAGGGUCAGCUAGGGUCUGUUAUUAUCUUUUAUGAAGCACUGCAGCCUCCUCAAGUGAAAGCAUUGUAUUUAGCAGGUCCAAAUUGUUUAAGCCCUUGGAAAUGUCAAGAGAAUGACAUGGCCGACCUGCCUGGUAACAUCCUUCUUCACUACACAGCAAAGGCUUGCAAAAAUUCAAUCUGCCUUGAUUUAUCCACUAAUUGUUUGCAUGGAAGAUUAACAGGAAACAAAGUAGUGAACUGGGAUAUUAAGGACAUCAUCAACUGCAUAGGUGGAUUAAAUGUACUCUUUCCUUUAUUGGAACAAAUAAGCCACUUUAGUGAAGGACCAAUUCCUGAAGGAAUGGAUGAAAGCAUAGUUCCUGAAUUGAUAACACCUGUAGAGGGAGAUUGUAUGUUACUGACCUCCACAAAAGCAUCAGAGUCAAGACUAGAGAAAAAUCUGGUUGCAACAUUUAUCUUGAUUAUAAAGCACUUUAUUCAGAGACAUCCCAUCAACCAGGAUAAUCUUAUUCACUCCCAUGGAGUUGCAACUCUUGGUGCCUUACUUCAGAAGGUACCAGGCACCUUAAUGGAUGUCAAUGUAUUGAUGGCAAUUCAAUUACUAAUUGAACAGGUAUCAUUAGAGAAAAAUAUGCCACUCCUGCAACAAAUGUAUCAGUAUUUACUCUUUGACUUCCGUAUUUGGAAUCGAGGAGAUUUUCCCUUUCGAAUUGGUCAUAUACAAUAUCUUUCAACCAUCAUUAAAGAUAGCAGGAGAAUUUUCCGAAAGAAAUAUGGUGUGCAGUUUCUCCUUGAUACACUUAGGAUUUAUUAUGGGAGUAGUUAUAAAUGUAAUGAGCUAUCUCUUGAUGACAUUCGAACAAUAAGGACAUCUUUGUAUGGACUAAUUAAAUAUUUUCUAUGCAAGGGUGGAACUCAUGAAGAGAUACAAAGCAUAAUGUGUUACAUAGCUGCUACUAAUGAAGAAGAACAGCUCUUGGGAAUUUUGGAUGUACUCUUCAGUCUCCUGUGUACCAGCCCAACUAGAGGUCAGCUUUUCUUGCUGCUGUUUGAACCAGGAAAUGCUGACAUACUUUAUGCCUUGCUGUUAAAUCAGAAGUACUCUGACAGACUAAGAGAAAUCAUUUUUAAGGUUAUGGAACAGAUGUUGAAAUGCACAAAUGUUUAUGAACGUAGUAAACAACGUAUUCGACUUAGAGAAGUUGGAUACUCAGGAUUGGGACUCCUCCUUAAUGAAGCAUCAAUUAAUACUUCUCUCAUUAAAAACCUUACCAAUCAAAUCAUAAAUACAGAUCCUGUUACUAAUUUCAAAGAUCUGUUAUCUGUGGUUUAUAUAUCUCACAGGACAUAUGUAAAUGUCAGAGUGGUCCUCUGCAGAAAGAUUUUACAGAUUUUGCAGUCCCAGCCAGAUGCAGCACAUCAGAUAUCACAACAAGUGGGUUGGCAAGACACCCUAGUUAGACUUCUUUUAAAAGAAAAUUUUGAAAAUGAAAAUUCUCUUCAUAAACACAGCAGGGCUGUUUUAAUGAAAGAAAAUAAAAAUAUGUCAACUGAUGAUAUUAAGAGGAACUUCGAUGAAAAGACAGAUGAGGAAAAACUCAACUCUUUUGCUUCAGCUAGUGUGUCUUCAGAUCAGUGGAGUUUGGAGGAUAGACACUCUCUAGAUUCAAAUGCACCAUUGUUUCAAGAAGAUAGUUCUGUGGGAGAAUUGUCUUUCAAGUCAGAGAAUCAGAAAGAAUUCUGGCAUGGUAACCCUUCACAUUUGAGUUUAGAUCUCACUGGAGUUGAUUCAUAUGAACUGAGUGAUAGUGGAAAUCAAAUGCCGGAUAGCCUACCUAGCACGCCAUCCCCAAUAGAGUCUACUAAAUCAUUUUCUGUUCAGUCUGACAAAGAGAGUAGCAUCACAAGUGAUAAUGGCUUUAAUGACGACUUCUCUUUACUUGAAAGCCAAGAGAGAUGUGAGGAGGAGCUUCUUCAGUUGGUGACAGAUAUUUUAAGUUAUGUAUUGUGUAAGGGACUAGAAAAGUCUGAUGAUGAUACUUGGACUGAACGGGGACAAGUAUUUUCAGCACUAACUAAACCAGGAAUAUCCAAUGAGCUACUUCGACCAUCAGAUGAAAUAAAACUAAUUUUACUACAGAAGAUGUUAGAGUGGGCGGUCACAGAAAACAGAGAAACAAAAGCUAAUUCAGUAACUGCUGAAAAUGCCUUCCGACUCAUGAUGAUCAUACAGGACUUUCUGCAGUCAGAGGGACUAGUUAACUCAAGCAUGUGGACUGAGAAGCUUUUAGAGGAUAUCAUGCUGCUCUUUGAUUCUCUGUCAGUCUGGUAUUCUCAGAAUCCAGCGUGGGUAAAGCUCUCUCAAAUUCAGAUUCAGAUGCUUCUGGGAUUCAUUGGAAGGGGCAGUUUGCAGGUUUGUGCAAUGGCAUCAGCUAAGCUAAAUACCCUUCUUCAAACCAAAGUGAUUGAAAAUCAGGAUGAAGCAUGUUACAUUUUAGGGAAGCUGGAAAAUGUUCUCAGUCAGUCAAUCAAGGAACAGACUGAAAUCUACUCAUUUCUGAUUCCCCUUGUCCGAACUCUGGUUUCCAAAAUUUAUGACCUUCUCUUCAUGAAUUUGCACCUGCCUUCUUUACCUUUUACCAAUGGUAGUUCCUCAUUUUUUGAAGAUUUUCAAGAAUAUUGCAGUUCAAAUGAAUGGCAAGUUUACAUUGAAAAAUAUAUUAUACCUUAUAUGAAGCAGUAUGAAGCUCAUACAUUUUAUGAUGGUCAUGAGAACAUGGCACUUUACUGGAAGAAUUGUUAUGAAGCCCUAAUGGUAAAUAUGCAUAAACGAGACCGGGAAGGAGGAGAAAGCAAGCUCAAGUUUCAGGAGUUUUUCGUGGAACCAUUUAAUCGAAAAACACGCCAGGAGAACUUGCGGUAUAAUAAUAUGCUUAAACAACUAAGCAGUCAACAGUUAGCCUGUCUUAGACACUGGAAGGCAGUGCGACUCUAUCUUACAUGUGAAAGGGGACCUUGGGCUGAAAGGAAACAGAAUCCAAUUCACUGGAAACUAGCUAAUGUGGAAAAUUAUUCCCGAAUGAGACUUAAACUGGUGCCAAAUUACAAUUUCAAAACCCAUGAGGAAGCUAGUGCCUUGAGAGAUAAUUUAGGUGUCCAACACUCACAGCCUUCCAGCGAUUCAUUGCUUUUGGAAGUAGUGAAACAAGUUAAGGUUAGUGAUAUGGAAGAAGAUAAAUUAGAACUUCUUGAAGAGGACAUAACAGCAAGAAUAAAUAUUGAUGAGAAAGAAGAGCAGGAUCAAAAAGAAAAAUUGGUGUUGACAGAAGACUGUGAAUUGAUUACAAUAAUUGAUGUAAUUCCUGGCAGAUUAGAAAUCACUACGCAACACAUUUACUUCCAUGAUGGCAGCAUUGAAAAAGAAGAUGGAGUAGGUUUUGAUUUCAAGUGGCCUCAUUCUCAAAUUCGUGAGAUUCACUUACGGCGCUACAACUUAAGGAGAUCAGCUCUUGAGAUUUUUCAUGUUGAUCAAUCCAACUAUUUUCUAAAUUUCAAGAAGGAGGUUAGAAACAAAGUGUAUAGUAGGCUGUUGUCACUUCAUUCUCCAAAUAGUUAUGGAACAAGAUCACCACAGGAAUUAUUCAAAGCAUCAGGAUUGACCCAGAAAUGGGUGAACAGAGAGAUAUCAAAUUUUGACUACCUCAUUCAAAUAAAUACAAUAGCAGGACGAACCUAUAAUGACCUUGCACAAUAUCCUGUGUUUCCUUGGAUUUUACAAGAUUAUACUUCAGAAGAGUUGGAUCUUAAUAACCCCACUGUAUUUCGAGAUCUUUCCAAACCAAUUGGAGUAGUUAAUGAUAAAAAUGCCAAAGCUAUGAGAGAAAAAUAUGAAAAUUUUGAGGAUCCUAUGGGAACAAUUGAUAAAUUUCAUUAUGGAACUCACUAUUCAAACUCUGCAGGGGUCAUGCACUAUCUCAUUCGUGUAGAACCAUUCACCACCCUCCACAUCCAGCUUCAGAGUGGAAGGUUCGACUGUGCAGAUCGACAGUUUCAUUCCAUCCCUGCUACCUGGCAAGCUCUCAUGGAUAAUCCAUAUGAUGUGAAAGAACUUAUUCCUGAAUUCUUCUAUUUUCCAGAGUUUUUGGAAAAUCAAAAUCAAUUUAACUUGGGUCGUCUACAAGUUUCCAGAGAACUAGUAAAUAAUGUCAUCCUUCCCAAGUGGGCUAAGUCAGCUGAAGAUUUCAUCUGUAAACAUAGGAAAGCUCUGGAAUCGGAGUAUGUUUCAGCUCAUCUUCAUGAAUGGAUAGAUCUCAUUUUUGGUUAUAAACAGAGGGGACCAGCUGCAGUGGAGGCACUCAAUGUUUUUUAUUACUGUAGUUAUGAAGGAGCUGUGGAUCUGGACGCCUUAACAGACGAAAAAGAAAGAAAAGCCUUAGAAGGAAUGAUUAACAACUUUGGGCAAACACCUUGCCAAUUGUUAAAGGAGCCACAUCCUCCUAGAUUAUCAGCAGAGGAAGCAAUACAGAAGCAGACCAAAACAGAUGCUUCAACCCUAAACCUAUUUCAACACCUCCCUGAACUCAAGUCAUUUUUUAUAGAGGGAAUUAGUGAUGGUAUUCCACUAUUAAAAGCCAUUGUCCCCAAAAAUCAGUCUCGUUCUUUCAUGUCUCAAGGCAGUCCUGAGUUACUGAUAACAGUAAGCAUGAAUUAUGUUAUUGGAACUCAUGGAUGGCUGCCUUACGAUAGAAGCAUUUCUAAUUACUUUACAUUCAUCAAGGAUCAAACUGUGACAAAUCCAAAAACUCAGCGUAGUAUGAAUGGUCCUUUUGCUCCCGGGCUGGAGAUCACUUCUAAGCUAUUUGUAGUAUCACAUGAUGCAAAGUUGCUCUUCAGUGCUGGACACUGGGAUAACAGCAUUCAAGUGAUGUCACUUGCAAAAGGCAAAGUUAUCUCCCACAACAUCAGACAUAUGGAUAUUGUGACUUGCUUAGCUACAGAUUACUGUGGAAUACAUUUGAUUUCUGGUUCCAGAGAUACCACUUGUAUGAUAUGGCAAAUAAUACAACAGGGAGGCGCGCCUGUGGGCUUAGCAUCUAAACCUUUUCACAUUCUUUAUGGACACACUGAUGAGGUAUUGAGUGUUGGCAUCAGCACUGAACUAGACAUGGCAGUGUCAGGAUCAAGGGAUGGCACCGUGAUUAUACAUACCAUUCAGAAAGGUCAGUACAUGAGGACUUUACGACCACCAUGUGAGAGUUCUCUAUUCCUGACCAUUCCCAACUUGGCUAUAUCUUGGGAAGGAUAUAUUGUAAUCUACUCUAGCAGUGAAGAACCGACCAUCCUCAAGGAUAAGAAUGCAUUACACUUGUUUUCUAUAAAUGGCAAGUAUCUAGGGUCUGAAGUCCUAAAGGAACAAAUAUCAGAUAUAUGUAUAAUUGGAGAACACAUCAUCACAGGCAGCUUACAGGGAUUCCUGUCUAUAAGAGAUCUCCACAGUUUGAAUCUCAGCAUCACUCCAUUAGCCAUGCGAUUGCCUAUCCAUUGUGUUUGUGUAACCAAAGAAGACAGCCAUAUUCUUGUAGGUUUAGAAGAUGGCAAAUUGAUUGUAGUGGGUGUUGGCAAGCCAGCCGAGAUGCGCUCAGGUCAGCUUUCUCGAAAAUUGUGGGGAUCUAGCAAGCGACUCAGCCAGAUUUCAGCUGGAGAAACUGAAUAUAAUACUCAAGAUUCCAAGUGAUUAUUAUUUCCAUCUUCUGUGAUAAAUAACUGAAACUUGAUUGAUUGCUUUGUCACUUUAACCACAUCUCUCAACUUUCUGAAAGGUUUUAAGGUCUGUUUGUCCCUGAAAAUAAUUUUAGGGAAUGCCACGAUUUGGUAUGGAGUAUAUAAAGAUGUAGGUUGUAUUCUUAUCCUUUUUAAAAUUUCUGGUUAAUAUUAAUGAAUCAAGUCUUAUUAAGCAAUUCUUGGUAUAUAUUAAGAUGUAUUUGAGAAAAUAAAUUUGAUUCAAUUUACUGGCCUGUUCCUAAAGAUCAUAGGAUCCAUUUUAAAAAAGCUAACUUCUAAAAUGAAAUUAGGUUCAAUUCACUUAUUAUUCUCAAUAGCAAAAUUUAAGGUAUUUCUAUAAAAAAGUAAAGAUAAUGGGACAGUUGAGAGAUAUGGCUUUCACAUAUUCUUUAGAUAAUCAUUUUCCUAUUCACUCACCACCACAUAAAAAAUAUCAAUUUUCAUGAAACUCCCAAUUGGAGGGAAUAAUAUUAAAACCAUCUGUUGUACAGUUGGAUUUUCAAAACUCAGCAAAAGUUCCAGGUUUGCAUUGUAAGAUUAAAAUAUGAAUAUUGUAACUGGUAAAUUGGCCCCUUCUGCUUCUAUUUAACACAUUAGUAAUGAUAAUUUAUUGAAUUGUAUUAUUAUUCUUAAGUAAUAAAAGUUGAGUAGGAAAGAAGAAACUAGAGAUAAUGUUUUACAGAUGUAUUUCAUUAAUAGUAUGUUUAAGCAGAAAUGCUGAUUGUGAUUUUUAUAGUGGACCCUUUAAGUGGCAUUUGCAGCACAGUUUAUAUCUGCAAAAUUUAAAAUGUUUUGGCUUUUUCUUGGCUAAGCAAAUAGUGUGUUUUGCUCUGAUAAUUAGAAGAGUUAGCAAUAAUACCCAAAUGUGUUACUUUUUUACCUGAAUAUCUGUGUGAUUGAUGAAUGAAUGGAAAAGAUACAUAAUGACCUAAAAGUAGCCAUUCAGACAAUAAUUUUUUUAGAAACACAUUUGUUUCAUUUAUAUAUGACUUUUAGGAUUACAGUUAAUUUUGUUGUAGUUAGUUAAAUGUUACACUCUUCUUUAUCAUUCAAGAUUUUGAACCAAAGGUCUGGUUGAUUUAAUUUGGAGUUCCAAAAGAUUGUUAAAUCUAAUUCUUUUAUAAAAUCAUCUUUUGAGUUAGGUCAGAGAGCUUUUAUGUGUAUCAGUUUUAUUAAUCUGAUGUUCCUUGGGUUUGGAGGAAUUCAUGAAUCCGUAACAUUGUGCAGAAAUUUUGUAUGUUGAAUGCAUUUUCAGGAAAGAAUGACAGCAAGGCUUUCUUAAAGGGGAUAAACAAAAAAAGAAACAGAACUUUUUUUUACAGUAAUUACCUUCUUAAAAUAAUAUUUUUUAUUCCACAAAUCAUAGAUUUCCUUCCCUUUGAUCGUCUUCUCUAUUGAAUCUUGGAGAAAUUUUCUUUUGGUUUUCUCUUUCAUGUUGACCAUGGUAUCUCAUACUCUUUUCUUUACAAUCCUAUGAGUAAAACAUUUUUAAGAAAUAAAGGAUUGCGGGGGCUGGAGUUGUGGCUCAGCAGUAGAGUGCUUACCUAGCACGUGUGAGGCCCUGGGUUCAAUCCUCAGCACCACAUAAAAAUAAAUAAGUAAAAUAAAAGUAUUGUGUCCAACUAUAAAAAAAUAUUUAAAAAAAGAAAUAAAGGAUUGUUUAGGGAAACUUCUGAAUAGUUUUAUGGGUUAUGAGUUAGGACUAAUAAAAAUUAUAGGAUAAUUUUCUUUCUAACAAAUUAAAAUCCUUUAUUUUAUUCAGGAAAAAAUAGCUGCACUUUAGGUAAAUAACACUGAAAUCACCUGAUGCGAAAAUAGGACACAUAAAUGUGAAGUCCUCUUUUGAGAACUUCAGGAAUUCGUGUUGGAAAAAAAGUCUUUAUUGAUAAGUCAAUAUAGAGUUAUGAUUUAUAAGUGAGAUUUAUUGCUUCUCUUUGUUUAACUGAUUCCCAGUCUAGUACUUCACUCAUGUUGCCAACAGGACCAUCUCAUUCUUAAUUUAAUCUUAAUUUCUUUAGGAGAUUUCAGAUGAUUGAUUUUUUUGUUGUUGUUGAAAAAUAUUUAUUUUAAGGGGAUAUUUUCUAAGUCAAAGCUUUGUACAUUUUUCUUUUGUUUAUUUAAUCAGAUUUUGAUAUAAGAUACCUUUUCUUUUUUGAGAUCACUUUAUAAUAUUGGAUUUGAAAUUAUUUUAGAUACCAAAAGUUAUAAAAAACUUAGAUAAUUAGAGAAAAAUUAUUAAAUUGGUGAUGUUUUACUGUGCUGCAUUUGAGAUGGAGGAGCUGGACAAGCAGUAUUCAUUUUAUAAUGCAAAUAAGAAACUUUCUUCACACUAUAAUAUCUUAUCCAAACUAAUGCUAUAUGGUUAGAAUAGUAGAAUUAUUCUUCACAUUGCUGUUUUCAAAAAGUAAAAACCAAAAUUGUGGAUUUUUUUUUCCUUUUGUACUGGGUACUGAACCCAAGGGCUCUUACCCACUGAGCCCCCAGCCCUGUUUAUUUUUUAUUUUGAAACAGGGUCUUGCUAAGUUGCUGAGGCUGGCUUUGAACUUGCAAUCCCACUUCCUCAGCCUCCCUAAUCAGUGGGAGAAUUGUGGAAUUUUGAGAAUAUUAGCAAAAGUAUAGAAGAGUGAAAAUUAAGUUUUAUUUAUUAAAAUAAGCAAAUUUAGUAGAACUUAGCUGAGUAAUAUGUUCCUCACUUAAACAGUAUGCCUCAGCAAAUUAAAUAUCACUAGAUAAAAUCACUGGUAAGAUACACUUUUGAGAAUAGUGUAUUUAGAUGUUAUCUGUAGAAAUUAUUUUUGUAUUGUAUAAUGGCAGAAAUUACCUCUAUAUUUAGAAUGGAAUAAUAGGUGGGCAUUUUUGUUGAUUAAUAUCUCAACUUGGCUGUUACCAAGUCUGUUAUCUUUGUAGAACUUUUCAUCUACUUUUGUUUCUUGACACUGGUGAUGAUGAAAAUAAGAAUCUCAACAUCCUGGUGAUGGGGAGCGAUUUAUACUGAUGUUUUCCUUUUGGAAAGUGAGGUCAAGUAUUACUAAGUGCACUUAAAAAAUAAGCUUUAUAAGAAUUUUUAUAACUCUUCUCAAUCAAUAUUCUGUCAUUACUUCAAUAAAAUUAGAAAAGGAAAAAUAGAUCAGGACAUGAAAAUCAGGAAAACAUGUAAAAAUGACGUUUGAUCAGUUGGUUGAAUCAUUUUAGCCUGUGAGGCUCAGGCCAGCUCUGAAUAAAUUUCUACUCACUUCCUUUAUGUUACAGUGUUUCCUUUUGUAGGAAAAAAAAAUGCCAAGUAUUCUUUUUGUCAUCAUCAGGAAGUAUCAAUGAGGUUUCCUUUCUUUCCUUAAUUUAGGACACAUCAAAAUUAUCCUUCAAAAAACUGAUAUUGAACAUGUAUUAAGCUUCUGAAAGAAAUAUGUCCUCAUAAUUAGAAUUUAGAUUUGAAGGUUGACUCUUAACCUAAGACUUUAUGUUUUGCUUGACUAGAAGUAGGCAAACAGCAUUUACUUAAAUACUAGAUUUUUAUUUAAUGAUAGAGAUAUGGCCUUUGCAUUUAAGUAUAUUUUAUAUUCUUAUUUCUAAAGAAAUCACUAAAGAUAUCUUUAGUUGAAUUUAAGAAGGUUAGCUCCUUUUAUAUAUUUAUAUUAUAGAAUAAGCAGGAUUGUCUUAACUGUCUUUCCAAUGAAAAGAUGCAAGUGCUUGGACAAUUUUAAAUGUAAAUAUAAGAUUGAAUAUAUAAUAUGUGUGUUCAUGCACAUGCAUGUGUAAGGGUGUUGGUUUUUUCAUAUAUCAGAGUUGUGGCAGUGCUUUUCCUGAUGAAAUUAAGACAACAAUAUAUUGUUAUCAGUCUCCACUUCAAUAUUCAAAAUAUGGACAACAGCCUUACCUCUUUAAUUUAAAUGUAGUAUAUUCUAGGCCGGUAGUUCUUAAUUGAGAUUACAGAUCAUAUUUAUCCCUGGAAUAUUUUUUUUAAAUAUAUGAAGUCCAGGCACUGCUUUGGACUUUCUGAAUCUUUUUACUUGAUAUUCUUGGCAUAAAAAAUUAUGUCUCAGAAGUAUUAUAUGUUUUCAAGUGUCGUCCAUUGUAGAAAUUAUGUCCAUUUACUUUUAUAAACUAGAUACAAUAUUGACAGAUUUAUUUAAAAACAGGCUUAAUCAUUAUCCUGAGAGACAUUUUGUCUAAAAUUUGCUUUGAAUUGCUUUAUUGUCUUUGUUCUUCAUGUACAGAAACAACCAAAUUUCUGUUUUAGUUGCAUUAUUCUUAUAUUAUGAACUCUUUGCAGACCUUUCAUAUUUGAAAAUUUUUAAGGAAGGAAUUUUUUUUAAUACCUUUAUUCUAUUUAUUCAUUUGUAUGUGGUGCUGAGGAUCGAACCUGGGGCCUCACAUGUGCUAGGCAAGCACUCUACCGCUGAGCUAUCGCCCCAACCCCAAAUAUUUGAAAUUUUUAACUAAUAUUUGCCUUCAAAAACGUGUGACUGUGCUUGGGUUGUGGCUCAGUGGCAAAGCACUUGCCUCGCACAUAUGAGAUACUGGGUUCAAUCCUCAACACCAUAUAAAAAUAAAUAAACAAAACAAAGAUAUUGUGUCCAUGUAUAAUUAAAAAAAAUUUAAAAAGAAAGUGUUUGCUCAUAGCUAAUAUGAAUUCCUAAUAAAAUCAGUAUUUUACACACUUGAAUUAGAUAACAUUUUAAUAAGAGAAUUAAUAAAAAGCCUGAGUAGCUACAAAUGCUAAAAUUAAAACAUAGAAUUAGAUCUCUUGUAGCUUUUAAGCUUAUAAUCAAUAGAAUCUUCCUAAUUAAAAAGUAAUGUAUAAAUUCUUUAAGUACUUCUGAUGACUUCUUACAUACAGCUUCUAUAUGGACAUGAUCUUUAAUUUUUCAUUAGUGGGCAACAGAUCAUUAACAUUUAAUAUAUCUGGAAAACAAUUAAAUUUUCUUUGUUAGAAAAUGUAAGACCAUCCUAAAAUAAAAGGGUGAUAUGAUGUGAUUUUAUUUAGUAUAAGAAUUUUAUGUAAAAGUGAUCGUUUUAUUAAAAUAUUUUUCUGAUAUAUGGUAGUAAUUCCUCACAUCUUCUCAGAUUAUUAUCUCACUAACUUUUGUCACAUGUGUGUGGUUUCUAAACGUAUUGCAGGAUCCAGACCUAUGAAGCUAAUGUUUUAGUGACAAGUGAAAACACAUAAAUACAGUGUCAUUUCUCUUUCUUUUAAUGCUUGUCAUCUUACAAACUUGACAAUUCAGAUGGAAAAGAACAAGUAGAAAGUCAUUAAUUCAACAUUUUCCAUGGUACAGUUUUCAUGUUUCCUUAGAAACAUUUUGUAAAUAUAACCAUAAUAAUAAUAACACAGUUUUAUCAUUUGAAAAAUUAUUCAGCUGGGUACUGUGGCAGACACCUAUAGUCUCAACUCCUUGAGAGGCUAAGAUGAGAAGACCACUUGAGCCCAGGAGUUAAAGAUCAGCCUGGGCAACAUAGUGAGACCCUAUCUCAAAAAGAAAAAAAAAAUCUAUUUAUAUUUCAAAGUUGACUAUUAAUGAAGGUAUAUAUGUCUCCACUUAAAUGAUGGCUGUUUCAUUAUUUACAUUUAUUUAUAACUAUUUUUGAGUAUACAAAGUGAUUAGCUGCUUGUAAUGCUUAUUAUGAUGUGAGUCUAAGAAAGUUUAGGAUUUAGAAGAGAUUGAAAAUUUUACUGAUUAAAACAGUUAACUAUUUUUUAAAACAACUCUUAUUCCUAAUUGUUGUUUUUAAAUUUUGAUUUUGAUAAUAUAUUUCAACUUAAGAUAUAUUAAAAUUAAUGGUUCUCUGGUAGUGUACUAUUGGACUUUAAAAUGCUAUUUUGAGUGUUUUCUGUUGGUAACAUUUUCCCACACUAUCUAAACAAUAUAUUAUACCAUUUAGUGAACUAGACCUACAAAUUGAUAAGUGCUACUCUUGUAUUUUGAAGAGAAAAAAAAAGCCCUUAUCUGUAAUAGACAUAAUUAUUUUGUUCUUCAGAAUGCUGGAUUUAUAUUAGUAAAUAAGUGGUUCUGGCAGGGAGAUACCAGUGUCAGAUUUAACUGACAAAUAUUUCUUACGUAGGGAUUAAAGAAAAUAACUUGAUUUCUUCCUUCGGAAAUUAGAUUGCUGUUCUUAAAUUUUUAGUGGCUUAAUUAUAUUAGUUUCUAUACCCCUUCCAAAAUUAUGGUAUGUUACAGUAGAUUUUACUGAUAAAGGUCUUUUACAUUUUAGAACAUGUUUUCCUAUUCUCUUUUUACUAAUUUCAAAGACUAAUUCAUAAACAUCAUCACCAAAUCUUAUUUAUGACUACUACUUAUUUUAUAGUUAACUUUAUUUAAGAAAGCUUGUUAGAAAUCCAUGUGAAUGUUUUAUUUAGAAACCCUUAAAAGAUAGGCUUUCCUUCCCCAACUAUUUGCUUUUAUACACUUCAAGCAAAAAUUUAGCAAAAAGUAAUCAGAGAUAUCUGGUCAGCCGUUUUCUGUCAGAUUCAUUGGUAUGAGAAUCCAUUAAGGCAGAAAAAUUUCAAGCAUAUUUGAUUAGUCUCUUUUGUCAGUGCUUCUGGGACCCAAAUAAGUAAGAGCAUUUCACUGUUUAUUAAUAGACGAUGACAGUCUUGAAUGCAUGUAUAUUUAGAGGAGUUAGCUGAAAAUUCAGAACAACUUGCUAAAAAAAAAAAAAAGUACUUAGAAAUUGUGCUGCUACUUAAAUAUUUAAGAAAUUCACAAAGUUGCGUAUUUAUUUUAAAGUGUUCCUUCUCAUUUAUUCUACUGGAAUUGACCAUGAAACAGAGAACAUUAAGCCUUAUUUAUAUCUAAUUAUUGACUGUGCAAACUGUGACUAACUGGGUAUUUGUAUGCCAAAAAAAAAAAAAAAGUUUUUGAGGAAGUUUUAGACUUAAAGAUAUGUAAAUAAUUUUGAUUAGUAUAACAAACUUGCUGUUAGUUUGGUGCAAUACAUUCUUUCCCUCCUUGUCCUUCUAAAAUUAAGAAUAUUAAGAUGUAUGUUUUGUUCCAUUAAGUGAUGUGUUUCAAAGAUUCUAUGUGUGUACAUGAGUUAAUGUUUGAUUUGUUUCUGUAUAGUGUGAUCAAAGAUAAUAAUUGAAGAUUUUGCACUUUUUUAGUCCCUUGGAAAUUUGUAUUCUAACACUUUUAAAAAAUGUACAUUUAUUUUGUACAUAAUAAAUUAGCUUUGUAUAUGAAAAUCAGUUUGAAUCAAAUAAAAACUGUUACCUUCAACAGUUGAUUUAUCUAUAGUCUGUUUAGAACUUGGCUUUGGCAAAAUUCUUUGUUAAGCAGAAAAUAAAGAGGCCAUUGUUUA